AUGGAUAUUACAGUUGCUCUCCUUUGGUGUCUGUUUGUGUUGCUUUUCUUCAAGUUCUAUCGAACCAGGGCAGAAAGUAUGAAAAUAUUCCAAAAAAUGAAUGUUCCAGGACCCACUCCAAAUUUUCUCUUCGGAAAUCUCCUCGCCUUUUAUGACACCUACUUAGACUGGUAUCACAUAUAUGGAAAAACAUAUGGCUAUUUCGAAGGAUUACGCCCUGUUCUGGUCACCGCUGACCUUGAUGUCCUGCAUCAAGUGAUGGUCAAGAAAUUCGACGUAUUCCAUGCCAGAAAGGUCUUCCCAGUUCAAGUUGAUCCUGACAAAGACGAAGAGGUCCACAUGUUUUUUGCUCGCGGUGACCGAUGGAAGCGGCUAAGAGCCAUCAGUAAUCCUGCUUUCACAAAUGCUAAAAUUCGAAAGAUGUCCCAAUUGGUGCACAAAACGAUUGACAGCGUCAUAUAUCUUCUCAGAAAGAAAGCCGAGACGAAUAGCGAGGUUGAAAUGUAUGAGUAA